AUGGAGACUUUUCAUCCCUUUCCUCGCUUCCCUCUUGAGCUUCGCAUCCAGAUUUGGGAAUCAGCUGCUGAACUGGGUCGGGUUGUCAAAGUCCGGAAGCUGCACGGUACCAAUCAUUACUCGUCGCCCACACCAGCCCCUGCAGUUACGAGAGCAUGUCGGGAAUCUCGCAAGUACUGCGUGUACCAGAAAAUCUUCGUUGUCGACAGAUCUCCCCGGUAUAUCUGGACAUGCCUGGAAACAGACGUUAUACAGAUGGAUAGCUACCUGAUAAAGGAGUUGGUUAAAGAAGAUAGCCUAGAAAAGCAGGAAGUACGAUACUUGCGGCUCGAGUUGAUGAGCUUCAGCGGAUGGGAUGCGUCAGAUUUCUUCUAUCACGACCAUUCACGCAGGAUUCGCCAUUUCCCCAAGCUGGAGAGAUUCGAUGUUUUAGUGAACGAUGGGCUUUAUAAUUGGGGACAUUGUGUCAUGGAGAUCAACUGGGGAGCGAUUCCAAGGAGCAAUGUCCGCAUCAUCGACGCGAAGACGGGACAAUGGAUCCAUCCGAACACAAGGCCAUCCAAUGUCAACGGAAACUAUUACAACACCGAUACCUAG